GGUGUUCGUCUUUUUCAGCAUCUCCGCCCUCGUUCGGGCCAUAGCCAAAUAGGGAUAUUCCCGUUCCUGCCGUAUGUGGCAACUGCGAUCGCACACCGCGCUUAAUUUCUGACUCAGCGAUAGGCAGCUGAAGGAUUUUUCCCGCGAGCAAAACGGGGAGCAUAUAAAAGCUCGUCUUGCUGCUACAGUUCCUCUUCACUCGCACCUAAAGUCAUUCUUUGCUUACAUCUACCACAAGGUUUUUUUUUUUGCACCUGUCAACUUUGAGUCAUACUUGACACCCAAUGCUCAGACACCAAACAAAAUUCGCCGCCAGAGCUGCCGUCAGAGCUGCCGUCAAGGCUAACGUUCCCCUCGCUACCAAUGUCGUCAGAACUGCCACCUUGCCAGUCACCCAGCGUUACUACUCUACCAGAUCUACCGUCGUCCAACUCUUGAACAAUAUCGGAUCAAAGAGAGAGGUCGAACAGUACCUCAAGUACUUCACCUCCGUCUCACAGCAGCAGUUUGCCGUUAUCAAGGUCGGCGGUGCAAUCAUUACGCAGCAGUUACCCGAGCUUGCGUCGUGUCUCGCGUUCCUAUACCAUGUCGGGUUGUACCCGAUCGUGUUGCACGGGACCGGGCCGCAGAUCAACGACAUCCUCGAGAAUGAGGGCGUGGAACCGCAGUACGAGGACGGAAUCAGAAUCACCGACGAAAAAACCAUGUCGGUGGUGCGCAAGUGCUUUUUGGAGCAAAACUUGAGAUUGGUGACCGCAUUGGAGAAGAUGGGCGUGCAUGCUAGACCGAUCACCGCCGGGGUCUUUGGCGCCGAGUACCUCGACAAGGACAAGUACCAGUUAGUGGGGCGGGUCAACUCCGUCAAUAAAGCGCCAAUCGAGGCCUCCAUCGCCGCAGGUGCGCUCCCGAUCUUGACCUCCUUGGCCGAGACCCCAUCGGGCCAGAUUUUGAACGUGAAUGCGGAUAUUGCCGCGGGUGAGUUGGCGAGGGUUUUUGAGCCGUUGAAGAUUGUUUAUUUGAAUGAAAAGGGCGGGAUUUUCAACGGAAACACCGGUGAAAAGUUGUCUGUCAUCAACCUUGACGAGGAGUACGAGGACUUGUUGAAGGAGUCGUGGGUCAAGUACGGCACCAAAUUGAAGAUCAAGGAAAUCAGAGACUUGUUGAUGCACUUGCCAAGGUCCUCCUCCGUCGCCAUCAUCAACGUUGACGAUUUGCAGAAGGAAUUGUUCACCGACUCCGGUGCUGGGACCUUGAUCAGAAGGGGCUACAAGCUCGUCACCAAGCAGUCGCUCGAGGAGUUUGCCAACCCGGAUUUGUUGAGAUCGGCCUUAUUGAGAGACCCUGCGAUUCAGUCCGGUGAGGUUUCCGUUGCGUCAUAUUUGAAGGAGUUGGAAAACACCUCCUUUAAAGCCUUCGGUGACGAACCGUUGGAGGUUUUGGCCAUUGUCAAGGAUGUGAACGGGGGCAAGAUUCCAAAGUUGGAUAAGUUGUUGUCCUCGCACAAUGGUUGGUUGAAUAACGUGACUGAUAACAUUUUCAAUUCCUUGAGAAAGGACUUCAGCAAGCUCUACUGGAUUGUGAACGAAAACGACACCAAUCUUCCUUGGUACUUUUCCAAGUCCCAGGGCUCCUUCGCGUCGAGAAUGAACGGGGAUGUGUUGUUUUGGUAUGGGUUGGACUCUGCCGAGGCGUCGCAGUUGAUCAAGCAGUUUGAAACAGACAACUCGUUGACCAAGGGGGCUUCCUUCAACGGAACCCAGAAGCGAUCCUUCCACACGUCCACCAAUGUCAGCAGAGGCUUCCUCGGUGUUCGCUCGUACUCCACCAAGUCUAGUCCUCCACCGCUCACCACCACCAACCCUAACCCCCCGUUGCGCAAUACCACCAACACCAACAUCUCGCGCGUGGCGUUGAUUGGUGCCAGAGGGUAUACCGGCCAGAACUUGAUCCACAUGAUCGAUACCCACCCGUACAUGGAACUCUCCCACGUUUCCUCUCGCGAGUUGAAGGGCACCAAGUUGGAGGGCUACUCCAAGGCUGAAAUCACUUAUGACAACCUCCAAGUCGAGGACAUCAAGAAGUUGGAGGCCGAGAAUGCGGUCGACAUCUGGGUCAUGGCGUUGCCUAACGGUGUGUGUAAGCCAUUUGUCGAGGCCAUCGAGUCAGUAGCCGGCAAGUCCAAGAUCAUCGACUUGUCAGCUGACUACAGAUUUGACACCACCGGUGACUGGGUUUACGGAUUGCCAGAGUUGAACGACCGUGCAACCAUUGCCAGUGCCACCAAGAUCUCGAACCCGGGCUGCUACGCCACCGGUGCGCAGGUUGCGAUUGCGCCGUUGAAGGAGUUCAUCAGCGACAGACCAACCAUCUUCGGUGUUUCCGGCUACUCUGGUGCCGGCACCAAGCCGUCCCCAAAGAACGACACCGCUCUUUUAGCCAAUAACUUGAUCCCAUACGCCUUGACCGACCACAUCCACGAGCGCGAAAUCUCCUCCCAGUUGGGCCAGGAGGUUGCCUUUACCCCGCACGUUGCGCAGUGGUUCCAGGGGAUCUCCCACACCAUCUCCAUCCCGUUAAACAAGAAGUUGACUUCCAGAGAGAUCAGAAAUAUCUACCAGGACAGAUACGAGGGCGAGCAGUUGAUCACCGUCACCGGCGAGGCGCCGUUGGUCAAGGACAUCUCAGGCAAGCACGGCAUCGUGAUCGGUGGGUUUGGUGUCAACUCCAAACAGGACAGAGUUGUCGUUAUCGCCACCAUUGACAACUUGUUGAAGGGUGCCUCCACCCAGUGCUUGCAGAACAUGAACUUGAUGUUGGGCUACGAUGAGUACGCUGGUAUUCCAGAUGACGUCACCAUUAGCGACUACUAGAGUUAAAAAGUUAAAUUACGAUAUACUCAUAUUUUUGUUAGGUUGUAUUG